AUACUUCACUUUUUUAUUGCAUGUUUCAUCUGUCCGCCAUCUUUUGUUAAGUAUUAAAGAGUCUGAUAAACUGUAAAUUAAUUUAUAUUACCCCAUUUUGUUUAAAUAAAACUAAUUAAUCCGUAAAUGCCAAAUAAUUUUCGGUGAUUGUGUGUUACUAUCUAUAAAGCGUGAUAUUAUAUAAAAAUGGGUCGUAAGAAGAAGAAGUUGUCAAAACCUUGGUGCUGGUAUUGCAAUAGGGAGUUCGAGGACGAGAAGAUUUUAAUACAACAUCAGAAAGCCAAACAUUUUAAAUGUCACAUAUGCCACAAGAAGCUAUACACGGGCCCUGGCCUCUCCAUACACUGUAUGCAGGUUCACAAGGAAACGAUAGAUAAGGUUCCUAAUUCAUUGCCAAAUCGUUCUAAUGUUGAUAUUGAAAUAUACGGGAUGGAAGGAAUACCAGGGGCCGAUUUAAGAGAACACGAAAGACAAAAACAAGGAAGCAGGCCGAGUAAUGAUUCUGGAUCGGACGACGAUGAACCAACAACCAAAAAAGCCAAACCAGAAGGACUGUUGGGCAACGCGCCUGGCAUGAUGCAGGGUAUGCCUAAUAUGGUCGCCGGAAUGAUGCCGCCUCCGGGAAUGCCUCCAGGUAUGGCCAUGGGUCCGAUGAUGCAAAUGGGACCUAUGGGACCACAUUUUAUGCAUCCUCCUGGUAUGCAGCAAAUGAUGAACGCUCACAUGCAGCAAAUGAUGCAGGGCCAAGCCGGUCCACCUAAACCACUUUUUCCGAGUGCUAUACCUACCUCAUCAACUGGUGGUCCAGGAACACCAGUAGUCGGUACCGAUUUCAAACCUAUAUCAUCAGCUGCAACGAUAAGCGCACCGCCUACAACGAACCUCUCGUUGGGUAGUAACGGCGAGGGUAGCAAAGUGUCGACGAUAGCCACGUCCAGUGCUACGAGUAAAAUAAUACACCCGUCCGAGGACACUUCAUUGGAAGAAAUCAGGGCCAGGAAUCCGAAAUAUUCCAGAAACAUUCCUUCGAAACCGGACGACGGCGGUGCUAGCUCUAGCGCCGCUGCUUCCGAGUUGGCAAUGGCAGUUUCGGCAGCCCAACAAGCCGCCGCGCAACAGAAACAAGUCGAAGCGAUGAAUCACCAUGCGGCUAUGAUGCAGAGGUUUCCGGUGCGGGUGACCGGUCCGCCGAUGACCAUGACUAUGGGCGGACCCAUUAUGGCUCCAAUGCGGCCCCCCAUGAUGUCCGGACCGCCCACCCUAAUCGGAGGGCCGCUAAUGAGACCGCCGCCCAUAUCUAUGCCCCCAGGUGUAAUCGGAAUGCCCCCGGGUAUGAUGUACGGAGCGCCGAUGUUCCCCACGGGCCCCGUGUUGAUGCAGCCGCGUUUUAGAUGAUCCCCGUUAUACCUCGUUUACCAUCCGCAAGUUUUAAAUUAAGUCCAACAUUUAACAUAAGAAUCAAAAAAAAUAUUGUUUUUUUUCUGUUUUAAUAACUUGCAUGCGUAUUUUCGUUAAUUCUCACGUUUUGGACAUGUAUUUAUAAUUUUUUAUUUUCGACAGGUUUUUGAAAAAGUACAAAGUUAAAUUGUAUCUGAAUACAAAAAUACCUGCCCGAACGGUAUGUAAAUUUUUAUUUUUUAUUUUUAUUUUUUUCGACAUUUGGAUUUACCUAGCAUAAACAAUCGAAAGGUCUGUUUUCAUUUAUUACUUAAUUAUUAUAGAAUAAACAAGAUUGUCGAAGGAAUCUGUUCUGCAGAUAGAAUUUUGGUCGAAGGAAUUUAACGUUUUAAUCUAUCACGUUGUAAAUAUUUUAAGUAAAUCGCAGUUGUAAUUACUAAUCAAUUUUACUCACGUUAAAUUUCUUUGUUCCGAUGCACAGGUUCGUACAUUUUAUUUUAUUUUUUUGCUUAUUUAUAAAAGAUCAUGCAAGGUAAGAAGUAUAGCCAUAUUUUCUUGUAAAUGCAACUUUUGAAAGGUCACCGGCAAUCUGUCCAAUGAAAUUCCACGGAUCUUUUCGCAAAUAUACAAGGCGAUUCGUUUUAGUAUCGAAUCGUAUAUUUUAGAUGUUAAAAAAAAGCUUCGUUAAAUAAUAUUGCACGUUCAAAUUGAAAUCAUUUUUGACAUCUACGAUUUAUGGGCAUUUUGCAUAAUCUACCCCAAACAAAAAUGGAUUUAUUUCGGGUUAUUGGCAUUAUUGGAUUGUACUUAUUUUGGAAAAAUCUAAGUUUUUUUUUGUUUGGUAGUGUGUAUAACUGAUUCGUAUCGCCCUGUAUUAGCUAAUUGUACAUAAAUGCCAUUUUGUUUACACAGUCGUUAUCGUUAAACGAUGUUUCUUAUAGUGUGCAAUACAAUGAUUGUUGUUUAAUUUUUUUCCAAAUAACGAGCUAAUAUCUAGUGAAUUUUGAACGAUGAUUGUAAAUAAUUUCCACGUGUAUUGGACUUUUACAGGCGUUUCUAACUUGAAUUUAUCAGAUCUGUUUAUUAGUUACUACGGUGUCUAUUUUAAUAUAUUUUGGUAGUUGUUUGAUAAUUAUUUGAGAUAUCUCGAAAGGUGAUUUAAAAAAUUGGUUUGAAACGAUUUGGGUCGAAGCGUCUGUAUGUUUUUUCAAAUUUGUUUGAUAGUUAAAAAAGUUUAAAAUAUUUGAAGUUGAAAAUUAUAACAUAACGUGACGUCUGACCUUUUCAAAAUGUAAAUUGUAUUCAACGAAUUUCUGAUUACUAAUUCAAAAAACUUUUAUCUUUACUCUGCUGCAUUAUUUGGAAUAAGACAUAUUGAUUCAUUAAAUAAAGUUGAAUCCAAUUUACACCAAUAAUAUAAUAAUAAAAGAAUUAAAUUUGUAAGAAAAAUCAUAUAUAAAAUAAUCGGAAAGAGCUUUGUAAAUCUGAAAAGGUAGGUCUUAGUCAAUCUAAAUUAGUUAGAUAUCUAAAAAAAUACAUUAUUAUUCUACGUAGUAGCGUUUGUGAAGUCUGCAUUGAAAAUUGUGACAUGUCGGAAAGGUACGCCAAUUUUUUUUUAACUAAUGGUGAACGGGAACUUAAGUUUUCAUAUCACACAGUUUAUUGUUUAUAUGAAAAUUUACCAAUUCGACCAAGUGAAAAGCGGUGCCUUUCAAUCGAAAAUAAUCCCUCGCAAAAAAUACGAUUCGAAAAUAGAUUAUUUUAGCUUGAAGGCGCACCCCAUUUGGAUUGAAAAAAAAAAGGGUUUCGUAGACGGACAGGCGACGUCAGUCACAGCACCGAUGCUGUUGGAUUGAAGAAGCCCCCUGUAUUUCUCUAUAUUACGAUCGCCGUUCGCGAAUCGCACAUUGCUAAAAUACCGCUGUGCUGUAAUCAUUGUUCACUGUAAUCGGUGCCGGAUCGUAAUGUACAGCGAACACAGGUGAUCAAUCAGGUCACAGCGACUUAUUAGGACCGAGCGUCGACGCGCUGUUGGGCCAUCGAUCCCCUGUCGUGAAAAACAAAAUGAAACUGUGGCUUUACGCAGGCGAUUGUCUUCGGCUUGUCCGCCGAUUACAAUCACAGGCUCGCGCCUGUUGGACCAGAUCCGAUCGUUCGUGAAUCUUUGAUGAGAUGAGGAAGAUCGUUUGGCGAGUUACUGUUGAGAAUUCCAGUUAAAUUGAAAGCGAUUACGUGAAGCGCUCGUAGUAACUCGCGCAAACUGCCAUCCUCUCGUAUAGUAUAUUUAAUUAUAAUGGGUUAAUAUUUGUAAAUAGUAAUUUAUUAUAUCGUUUAUUUUCGCGAUCUGGACCCCUGUAAAUUCACCGCAAUAUAUGUAUGUAUUCAUUCUAGUAGUUUUAUGAUUAUAACAUUUUUGGAUGUAUUCCGUUGUUUAAACAAUAAAGUCACGUUUUAAAUACUUUUUUAUUU